AUGUUGUCUGAUGUUGUCCUAAAUCAACUUUCUGAUGUUGUCCUAAAUCAACUUUCUGAUUUGGAUAUGAUUCAAGAUCAAAGGAUAUUGUCUGAUGAUGAGGUUUAUUUGAGGGCAGUCCUAGCAGUGGAGUUUGAGGAAGUGAUUAAAAGGGAAGAAGUAGCAUGGAGGCAGAGAUCCAGUGCUCUAUGGCUGAAACAGGGUGAUAGAAACACCAAGUAUUUUCACAAGACUACAAACUGUCACAAAAGGUACAACAACAUUGAUAGCCUGAUGAUUAAUGGGGCCUUGGUGGAAGAUCCGCGAGAGAUUAAAGAGAAGAUCAACAGUUUUUAUCAGGAGUUGUACACAGAAACAGAAUCAUGGGGACCACAGUUCAAUCCUAGAGAACAACCAGUGAUCAAUCAGGUGGACAACAGUCUACUCCAGAGCCAAUUUGAAGAACAAGAGGCAAAAGGUUGUGUUAUGUCGUGUGUAGGGGACAAAGCCCCUGGCCCAGAUGGCUUCUCCAUGGCUUUGUUUAUACAUUGCUGGGAGGUGGUAAAAGAUGAUGUGGUAGCUGAUGUCAAGAGUUUCCCUGAUCAAGGUUACUUUGAAAAGAGCUUCAAUGCUAAAUUUAUAGCCUUGAUUCCCAAGAAGAUGGGAGCCAAAGAGUUGAAGGACUUUAGCCUUGAUAGGUAG